AUGAGCGGUAUGUGGUCGGACCGCUCUCUGCGCACACCGCCGCCACUGACUGACGGGAUCAACGCACGCCAUUUAUGCACGGGCGCUUUCUUACAACAGGAGCAGAUGCAGUCGGAGCAUGAGGAGAGCCCUCCCCUGGUGUUCUUUGACCUGGAGACCACUGGACUGAGCCGGGACUGUGAGGUGGUGCAGCUGGCGGCCGUGAGCUCGUCCCACUCCCUGAACCUGUACAUACUUCCCCGCGGGGCCAUGGAGCGCGGGGCCAGCCGGGUCACGGGGCUCAGGGUCCAUAAGAACGCCCUGUACCUGCACCAGAGGCCCCUGCUCUGCACCCCCCCCACUGAGGCUCUGCUGGCCUUCCUCUGCUUCCUGCGCAUGUGUGACCUCUGA